AUUUUGUACAGCAAUUUCCCAGCGAACCAGGGUGACCGCUUACGAUAUUUUUAAUACUUUUAUAUAUAUUUUGAAAAUUUUAAUUAAAAAACGCAAUUUUUCGGUAAAAACAACGAAAUAAUGUCCUACCAGCUGUACCGUAAUACCACCCUGGGCAACACGUUGCAGGAGAGUCUAGACGAGCUGAUCCAGUACGGCCAGAUCACGCCAGGACUGGCCUUCAAGGUGCUCCUCCAGUUCGACAAGAGCAUCAACAAUGCCCUAAACCAGCGCGUAAAGGCGCGCGUCACCUUCAAGGCGGGCAAGCUGAACACCUACCGUUUCUGUGACAAUGUCUGGACGCUUAUGCUGAACGAUGUGGAAUUUCGCGAGGUGCACGAGUUCGUCAAGGUGGACAAGGUGAAGAUUGUGGCCUGCGAUGGCAAGAGCGAGUUCUAGCACUGUCAUUGGCCAGAGAAUAUAUUUGUAUUUGUAAGAUUUAUAUUUGUUAAGAAUCCUUUACAUCCACCAUUGGUGAAGAGUAGACGACCAUGCAAACCUAUCAAGAGUCCCACCUCGACCCACAAAAGCAACACCAGUAGAGGGCCUUGGUCGUCGAACUUUAAAAUAAAUAUCGUGAAAAUUGAGCAGACGGUAUAUUUACGGCAUUUCGGUACAUAAUCAAUUCUUCAAUCUAUUAAAUUUUAAUGGUAUAUUUAAGAACACAGAUACGUAGGUUUUUUUAUGAAUUGUCGUUCACAAAUCGUACUUGUAGAAAAUGAAUUCAUCAAUAGGAUACAAUUAUUUGGGCAAAGCUGAGAGAUCUAUAUAUUAAGUAAAAUUCGACGGAAUAUCAUAAUGGA